CCCUUUGACUCUUUUUGUUUAUGUUUAUUUAGGCUUUUAAAUCUGAACUUUGUUCCUCCUUCUAUUGAAUUUAGCGAUGAACUUAGCCUAAAUAAUUCUAAUAAUUCAGAAGAGGUCCAUAUAGACUCAGCUUUUCACUGCGAUGGUUUAUUGUUAUGCACCACCAGGGAUGAACUCGUGGUUUGGAAUCCUUGUUUAGGUGAAACCAUGUGGAUCAAACACAGCGAAGGCAGCAAAAGGGUUAAAGAGAGAAAGCCUAUGUAUGCUUUAGGAUACGAGAACAACCAGUCUUGCCGCAGCUACAAAAUCUUGAUGUUUUGGGAUUGUGACGAAUUAUACGACGGCCAAGUCGAUGGAUUUAAAGUCUAUGAUUUUAACUCUAAUGCGUGGAGAGUUGUUAAUUAUCCCAACUGCUUCAUAAUGAAUUCUCAUGGCGUGAAUUUGAAAGGAAAUGGUUACUGGAAUGCUUAUGAUGACAACUACGUCGACUACAUACUCAGUUUUGAUUUUACAGGAGAGAGAUUUAUACGUUUGUGUUUACCUCCCCCAUCUCAGGGCUGCAUGUAUACGUCUCUAUCAGUUGUUAGAGAAGAACUCUCAGUGUUACGUUGUGUGAAUGGUUCAUCAAAGAUUGAGAUGUGGGUGACGACCAAUAAAAUGGAUACUUCUGCUUCAGAAUUGUCAUGGAGCAAAUCCUUUACAAUGAACUUUGGUUUUCCUGUCUUAGUUUACACGGGUCUUUUAAUCGACGAAGAUAAGAAAGUGGUCUUGUGUAAUACAAUUGUGGGGGACCACUUGAGGGGGGCAUGUACUAUUGGAGAGGAAGAUAAAUAUUACUCAGAAAUCACUUUUGAAGGAAUGUCUUUAUCACCACCUCCUCAUAUUUUCAAUUAUGUUCCAAGUUUGGUUAGAAUCCAGGAAGGUACUGAAUUAGAUGUUUUUGGUAAAAGUCCUCGUAGGAGAGGGGAUGAUCCUCCUACAAGACGAGGUGAUACUGCAAUGUGUGAGCAUGACUUCCAGUUUUCACAAGAAAUUGAUGACAUGAUGUCCUAAUCAGAUGAAUGGAGAUAGAGUGCACUGAUUUUAGCAGUCGUCUUAGAAGCCGCGGUCGUGGGUGGAAGAUGCAGUGUGUUAUCUUGUGACAAAAGUGAUCUCUCCUGAUAUUUAUAAUUUAUUCACCCGUUGAACCCCUCUCUUUGUCUCAUUAUAUCUUUGUAUAAUCAUCCCAGUUUCUGCGAACCUUGAAGUUUCAAUAUCACCUUGAACAAUAUCUCAGUUCUCAAAAAGGAACUCUUUGGCACUCUAUCUUCUUGUAUCUUGUGAACUUUUUUAGCUUUGGCAUUCAUUUAUAAAGAUUUUAUUAAUUUCAGUUAGAACAUGUUUGUUUUCCACUUUGAGUGUCGAUCGUAUAGAUGAAGUUGUUCAGGUAAAAUAUUUCCAUACCAAUAAUAUCAUCUCACUGAUUCCAAAAAUAUAUGAUAUAGCGGAUUCCUCCAACUAGCAGAGCGGCGAAUUGAAUCCUGAAAAUCUGGAGAAAGACUUGAAUAUAAUACUGCAAGUAAGUCCUUCCCUCACGAUAACCUCACUUUCGUGAUAAUUUCAAAACCAAGAGCACGCCAUAAAUCUACUGAAAAAGGUCAAGGCAAUAAAAUGUCCCCC